AUGAUUAUUAAAAGAGGUCUGAAUUUUUCAAGACUCAUAAAAGAAGCUUCUAAAUUAAUUCAUGGUAGAUAAUAUAUUGAUCAUUAUUGGUAUUUGAAAUCAAAGUAUGAUAAUUUUAUAACAAUAGUCCAGAGUCACUUUAACCUAUUAUAGAUAAUGAAACCAAAAUAAAAAAUUCAUUUUUUGAAUAACCUUAAAUAAAAGAAAUAUUUAAUGAUUAUUAUUAGGUAUCUUAUGGUAGAAAGGAUGGAAGAACUCAUGAUAUUCCUGAAUUAUAUGAUGAAUAUGAAUAUAAUGGAAGAUUUGCAUAUUUUGAUACGGGAAAUGAUUAUUAAAUAAUUGAGAGAUCUUUAAAAGGAGGUGAUAAAGAAGUAGUAUUAGAUUUAAGGAAAAUAUAAUUUUUGAAAUAGUAUCAUGCAACAUUGAAAUUAACAAAAUUAAAGAUAUCAGAUGAUCAUAAAUUGAUAGCCUUUGGGAUUGAUUUAUUGAAUAAUGAAGAUAUAGUUUGGUUAAUGAAAUAUAUAGAUGAUGAUAGAGUGUUUAGAACAAAGUUAUUUGAUUGUUUUGAUGCAGCAUUUACAAAAGAUAAUUAGUAUUUAGUAUAUACUUAAUAUGAUGAUAAAUUCAGACCUUAUAGAUUGAUGUUACAUAAAUUGGGAACAACUUAAGAAGAUGAUGAGUUAUUAUUUGAAGAGAGGGAUGAGUAGUUUUAUUUAGAUUUGUAAUAAACAAAAGAUGGAAAAUAUUUUGUUUUAUUAAGUCAGACAAAGUAAAGUAAUGAGGUGAUUUUGAUAGAUCGUGAUAAUCCUAAGAAAAUUCAAAUACUAUUUUCAAGAAAUGAAAAUGCAAUAAAUUUAGUUCAUCAUCAUGAAGAACAUGGAUUAUAUAUAUUGACAAAUAAGAAUUCUUAUGAUUAUAAAGUUUUAAAGUAAGAAGGAGAUAAAUUUGUAGAUUUUUAUUGUCCAUAAUAAGGAGAAGUGUUAUAGGAAGUAGAUUUAUUUCACAAACAUUUGGUGUUAUAUUUUACAAAGGAGAGUGAAAGUUUUAUAAAAGUGAUAUCUUUAGAGGAUAAAGAGAUUUAUAAUUUAUAUAUUCCUCCAACUUUAGUUUAUACAGAUCAUUAAAAAAACAAAAAAAAUCUAUUAAGAAAUAUUUAUGAUAGAGUGAUAAAAAAUGAUAAAUCUUAAUAUUUUUUGAAUAAGAAAGUUGAGAAUGAAGUAUUAGGAUGUACAAUAGAACCUGGGGUGAAUCAUAAUUAUAAGAGUGAUAUAUUUUAGUUUCAUUUGAGUACACCUUUAGUAUAUGAUUAAGUCUAUUAAUACAACUUAUAAAAAAAAUAGUUAUCAAAACUUUAGGAUGCAAAUCUUACAGGUAAAGUAUUCAAAAGAGAAGAGUUUAUUUGUACAAGAUAUUAUGCUCCAAGUAAAGAUGGAACAGAAAUUCCAAUAACUUUGGUACAUCAUAAAGGUUUAUAAAAGAAUAGAUAAAAUAAAUUAUUAUUGCAUUCAUAUGGUGCAUAUGGUGUUCCAUAAGAAAUACCAUUUAAUAUAGUAUAUUUGAAUGCAUUAGAGAAAGGUUGGACAUUAGCAUAUGCACAUAUAAGAGGUGGAAAUGAGAGAGGAAAGGAUUGGCAUAGAUAAGCAAUAUAAGAGAAUAAAAUAAGAAGUAUAGAAGAUUUACUUGGAUGUGCAGCAUAUUUAAUAACAGAAGGUUAUACACAUCCUUCAUUAUUAUGUGGAUUGGGAGCAUCUGCAGGAGCUACAACUUUAGGAGCAGCUGUAAAUAUGAGACCUGAUCUUUGGAAAUGCGCUAUUAUGCUUUCACCUUUUUUAGAUGUUUUAGGAUCUUUAUUAGAUGAAAAUCUACCAUUAACUAAAUCAGAUUAUUUAGAAUUCGGUAAUCCUAAUGAUAAAAAAAUAUUUGAUACUAUACUUAGUUAUUCUCCGUAUGAAAAUUUAAAAUCACAAGUUUAUCCUGCUAUUUAUAUUAGUGCUGGAACUGGCGAUUUUAGAGCACCUUUAUGGAAUGUAUUAAAAUAUACAGAAAAAUUGAAAUAAAUUGCAGUUAAGUCUCAAAAAGUUGAAAUCAUAGGAGAGCAUCCAUUUAUUAUUGAUAUUAAUGAUGGUGGACAUUAUGGAGGUGCUGGAGUAAUUAUUUUAUAAUAUUAUUAAGGCUUAAUCUGUUAUUGAAGAACGUACUAGAUAUAUGACAUUUCUUGAUUAUUAUGUUGGAAUUGGUAAUAAAGAAAUUACUAAGAAAAAUCUUACUUAAGAUAUUGAUGACUCUAUUUAAUUAGCAGAUGAAGAAGAUAAAAUUUAGAAAUAAUGA